CUUGUCUUUUUUUCUUACCCACUCAGACCUUUCUACAGGCUACACGAAUUGGAGCACAAAUAUCAUCUUACGUGUAAUGAGUUAAGUUUUAAACAAACACCAGCCGAAAUUGUUUUAUUAAGACUACAUCCUAAUUACGUUUGGGAGUCUGAUGCCAUAUUUCGACAAAUAUCCUGUGCCACCGGGUUCGGUGAGUUCUAUUGCUUGCAAUCGACUAUGAGUAGUGUCAAGCCACUUACCAACGAUUUGGUGAAACAAAUGCAGCCCAUAGAACCGCGAGAAAUCGCACAAAUACAUCGCCGGGAAUACAAAAAACAUACAUCUGCGAUUUCUGAAGAACUCCUACCUCAAAUGGACUUUGAAAAUGAAAAUGUUGCUAUAUAUUAUCACAAUUUGUUCCCAUCCAAACCAUUUGGCAAUUCAGAACACAUUGUCAUACUCGGCUUCAAUAGUAUGACUCGCGCUUUACUGCGAAUACUUCUCUUCAACUUUAAAAACUCAAGCGCACUGAAAUGUCAUUGUUGUCUGCCACGCUGGCGCGUUACCAUAAUUUCAUCGGUGGGCAUUGUGGAAGGCAUCUACGAUCGCAAUUUUGAAUGUGAGAUCUGUGAAAAUCAAAAUGACUGCUACAUAAACUGGGAAAAUAGUAACAGUUUUAUACGGGACACCAUUAGUUGCAUGGAUUUCCGCAAAUAUUUUUCAUUCGUUAGUUCCGAUGUGAAGAAAAUCAAAAGAGACGAACGCAAAUUGAUCUUGGCCAACGGCUGCGAGCUUUAUUAUCAUAGUCUAAUUUUUGCAUUAAGUCAGCGAUUUGGUGUACCACCAGCCGUACAGCGUUGCCCACGCCCAACAAACUAUAUGCACUUGAACAAUCGUUUCGAUAAAAUAACGCUCUAUUAUAAACUCCAAGCCAUUUGGAAUGAUCGCAAUGCCAAUGAUAUCAAUAUAAUCGUUUUCGGUUCACGUUUAGGCACUUUUGAAUUUAUUAAUUUUCUACUUAAGCACAAAACACCAGCGCAAAACAUUACUUUGGUUAUGCCAUGGGAUGCGGAAGGACAUGCAUCAUACGCGAAGUACAAUAUAAGCAAUAUGGAUAUUAAUAUUGAGUUAAUACUACAGGAGAUGACUGAGGAUUUAGGUGUAAAACUUGAAUCAAAUUGGAUUCUAAAGGAAUGGGUAUAUUAUCAGGGUGAAUGCAUUAUAUCGCAUGCUGUAUUCGAACAUCAUCCUGACGGUGAUGUUAUGACUUUACCUUGUGAUCUAUUUGUCAGUUUUCAUACGCACAUCAUCGGCACGGAUGUAUUGGAUAUAAUGGAAAAUGCAGGAAUUGAAAUGCAGGAUUCUCGAAUAUUAAUCGAUGAACAUUUUCGCACUAGUGAUCCGAAUAUCUUUGUUGUGGGAAAUUGCACCCGCUUGAGAGUGACUCCGAAUCAUCAAUACAAACAUUGUGCAAAAGAUGAAAUAGCGGCUAAGCUAAUACAUGGGCUCAAUUUGAUGGAGGACGAUGUUGUUGAAUAUUCUGAGAAAUAUUUACUACCAGUCUACUUUCAAGCUCAAUUGCCACUAGGCUAUUAUAUGGCUAAAGUGAUUCUGCCUAAGCGAUAUAUUGCAAAUCAUUUAGAUAAUAGCUAUAUGCUCUCGCUAGUCACAUACGAUGGUAAUUUUUCAAGAGUACGCAUCAAUGUGCAUGGCAUCGUAGAGGAGAUAGUGGUUGUAUCACAAACUAAGCGCAGUUUCGAUCAUCUGCAAUAUUUUGUGGGCCACCACGAGGCAUUAUUGAAUGAUUUGCAUGCCCGUUGGUAUUUGCAAGAAAUCAAAAGUUUUAUUGAUUUCUUUGAGGAACCAUGGACGGAGCUGAUUAUGCAUUCUGAAUUUAAUGAUUUACGUCGCAAAAUUCGUACGCUAACUAUUGACACAGCCAAGAAAAUUAUGAAUUGGGGCCAGGUAAUGGAUCGUAAGGCGCGCAAGACAUUCCUGAAACGUCAGAUGGCCAAUUUGCAAUACACAUCGGAGGUAGAGAAGACGUUGUUGCGUUUCUUGAGAAAACAUCGCAAUGAUUUCAUUUAUCCCUUUGCAUUGCCCGAAGACUUUCAUCUAAAUCUCGCAAGUAAAUUAAAUAUUUGA